AUGGCUGGGCGGUCCUUGCCUGCGGUCAGCCGCAGGGUCGAGCAGUAUGCCCGGCACACCGCCACGCCCGUGACCCUGAGGGAGCUCUACAGGUGGGGAUGUGGCGGCGCUGCAGAGCGGACGCACAUGCGGGAGUACCUGCACACGGAGGUUCAUCCGCAACGCCCAGCUCUGCAAGGAGCUGCAGCUGCUGCCCUUCGGCCUCGCGCAGGCUCGCAGCACGGCCCGCGUCACCGGAUGUCUCUGUACAGCCAGUACGUGGACUGGCUAGACGAGUUCCCGAAGCCGGUCGACGAGGACGGGGAGCGCCGCUUCCUGGAGCUGCUGCGGCGGAUCCUAGACGACUCGGUCCUCGUCAUUCCGAGGCUCGGCGAGGCGGUCCGCGAGGUCAGAGAGCAGAUGAGCGAGGAGCGCUACGAGGAGUUCAGAUCCGAGAUCUCGCUGAUCAUGGACCGCUUCUGCAUCAAGCGCAUCGGCCUCAGAUUUCUCCUGGAGCACUUCAUCGAGUCCUCCGAGGCGGGCAGCGGGGUUGAGGAUACCAGCUCCUGGCUUAUCUGGAAGGUGUUCAGCCGACGUCCCCUGGCCAGGGCCUCGCAGCUGCGGAGCGGUUGUGGAGGUGGGCCCGGCAUGGAGAGCAAUGAGGACGGGGGGGGGCUGGAGGAAGCUCAGCGCGCAGGUCUCAGGGCCGAGCGCUCCUCCGUGCUGCCGGAGCCUCCCGGAGGAGCGACCGGGCUGUUAGAAAUGGCGAGCGCGAGGGCUCUCCACGGAAAUCGUGGCAGGCGCCCCUGCAUGCGCGCGAUCGGGGUUUUCUUCUGCACCCGGACUGGCAACACGCAGGAGGUGGCCGAGCUGGUCGGUGAGAUGAUAGGCGUCGUGCCGGUCGAGUUGGGCGAUACGGCCGUCCUUGGGGACCUGAACACGUACGACGGUUUGAUCGUUGGGGCGCCGACGUGGAACACGGGGGCUCACGAGAAGCGGUCUGGUACCAGCCUGGAUGGCCACUUGGCUGAGAUUCGUGAUCUGCAGAUGGGUGGGAAGAUGGUGGCAGUGUUCGGCUGCGGAGACUCAUUCGAGUGGAGUUCCAAUUUCUGUGAUGCUAUCGAGGAGAUCCAUUCAGCAUUCAGCGCGGCGGGUGCCAAGAUGAUUGGAUAUGUGGACGCCUCAUCAUACCAGCACGCCGAGUCCAAGAGCGAGGUAGACGGCAAGUUCUUGGGGCUUCCGUUGGACCAGGAGAAUCAGAUCGAUUUGACCGAGGGUCGCGUGGAGGCUUGGAUCCGCCAGUUGAAGCAGGAGGGCAUGCCGCUAUGA